GACCCUUUAUUUUUGGUUUUAGAAGUUUAAAAUUUAAAGACAGAAACGGCACCGUUUUCCAGGAAAAAACCAAAAAACCGAUUGCCUCUUUUGGAACAAUAAAACGGCGCGUACUCAAGCUCCUGAGAACGAAUUCCUCCUCGUUUCUCGGUUCUCAGUUGCUCAAAAUGCUUUAACGGUUGCUUUCCAUCUCCUCCUUAAUUCCUGAUUCGAUUUAGGGUUUUCCGUCUGAGAUCAAAAUGGGAGUUGUAAUCGAAAGCUCAGUUUGGGAACCAAGUGCCUCCGUCUACAUCUUCAUUUUCCUUUCUUGUUUCCUCUCACUUUCUCUCUUUCCUGUCUAUCUCUCCAAAGACGCCCCUACAAAAUCUUCUCCUUUCUCCGACAACCCAACCACCUCCUCUUCUCUCCGCUUCCAACGUUACUUUCUCCUUCUCUAUUCCCUUGCCUCAGUUUUGGAAGGAUUAUGGUCGGUCUACGGAGAGUUUGAGCUGGUUUACUAUGGAAUAAGCAAGGAAGAUACUGUGACGCUUAUGCUUAUUGGAUUUGGAGCUGCUCUUUUUGUUUGUUUCUUAGGUGUUGUCUCUGAUUUAAUGGGUCAAAAGAAAAUUUGUUUGCUGUUUUAUACCUUGCACAUUAUUGUUGGAAUAUGGAAGAGGAUCACAUCAAGUCCUAGCUUUUGGGUAGCAAAUGUAUGUUUGUCUUUGGCAACAUCAAUAUUUUCCUUCAGUUUCGAGACAUGGGUCGUUGUUGAACAUGACAAGGGUCAUAGGCAAGAUAUUUUGAAUGAAACAUUUUGGUUGAUGACUUUUUUUGAGUCUGCAUCUUUGAUUGGAAGUCAGGUGAUUGGCAAUUGGUUGGUGGGUAGUAAUUUGGAGAAAGGGAUUGCAUCUCCUUCUACUGCAGUCAUCUCACUGGCGAUAGUAGGCAUCAUCUAUAUGUCCAGGGAUUAUGAUGGGACUCCACAGUCAGUGACGUUUAAGGAUUAUAAGGUGUCCUUUUGUACAUAUAUUCUUGGUGAUAGAAGGAUAUGGCUACUGGCAUGUGCACAAGCUUGCCUACAUUUUUCCAUUGUAGUUUUCUGGAUUCUUUGGGCACCAACACUGGUGGCUGAUGGUCGAGAAGUGUAUCUAGGGUUGAUAUAUCCAUGUUUGCUGGGGGCAAGGAUGUUAGGAAGCACAGUGUUUCCAUGGCUUAUUAAUGCAUCACUUCGAACUGAGGAUUGCAUAGCGUAUGCAUUUAUCAUACAGGGUUUUCUUUUGUCCAUAAUAGCUUAUGAUUACCAGGAAAUUGGAGUUCUGGUAACACAGUUUUCUUUAUUCCAUGCCUGCAUUGGCCUGAUUCUGCCUUCACUUGCAAGAUUGAGGACAAUGUAUGUGCCAAAUGAGUUGCGUGGAGGAAUGAUAAGCCUUUCUCUAGCUCCGGCAAAUGCAGCAAUUUUGUUUGUUCUGAUGCAGAGAGGCUACUAUAGGACCAUUGAGAAUGCAACAAUCAUAGCAUUUGCUGCACUCGGACUAUUCGUUGCAGCUGGUUGCAUGCAUGUUUUGAAGCGGUGGGGAAAGCAACCAUAUCAAAACUGGCACAAAUUAUGAAUUUUAUUGGCCCAUAUUUGCUGACGUGGAUGAUUUUCUGGAGUCUGUCAUUAGUUACUGAUGGAAGCAAAGGAUUAAACAGAAAAUGAUCCUGGACCUUAAAUUUGCUGCAUAAGCAUAUGAUGGGAGGCAUUCAACAUAUGCAAAAAGGUAAAAAAGAAGAAUCUAACAAAAUCCAAGUUUCAAUGAUUAAUGAAGGUAAGCGAUAAUCGCAUAGGAUUUCUAUUGAGAAACUUCAAGUGCAGAGGUAGUCAGCCAGUAACAAUUGGCCAUUGAAUUUCCACUGCAAGUUGUCUGUUACAAGGGCAAUAUUUCACAAGCAAUUUCGACUCUGCUCCACAAAUUCAGCCGGAAAUAAUAGGACUAAUGGCAAGAUAUCCAUGAAUGAGAAGGUUCAGUUUGAAGGUGGAUUAAUGCAGCAGUGGACCUGACUGAUGAGAAGGUUGAGAUUUGUUUUCAAGGAGUUAGUAUUAAUAGAGUUGCAAAAACUUCAGGCAUGAAAGAUUCAUUGAGAAUCAUCUUUUGUUUGAAACCAAGUUUUAUUUUCCUUUAGUGGGGUUUUAUUUGUCGUAGUUUAAAGGUUGUUUAAAUUCGAAAGACAAGAAGAUCCUGCUUUGUUUUGUCAUUUUGAUUUACGGCUGACAGAUUCUUUUUAUAGAAUUGAGAAUAACAAAGAAAGCGUUCUUUCAUAUGCUGUAUGUAGAUCAACAGGCAAGGCAUUGGAGUCGUCCAAGUUGACUGCCGUGUCUUGGUCACUGGAAAGCAUCAGAAGGUUAUGCAUCUGUUAUUAUUUAGAUCGCCAGUAUUUAUCAAGUGGAAUUGGACAAAAGUAGAUUUUGCAGACAAGACAUCAUA